AUGACCAUCGAAGCUGUUAUUGACGCAGCCGUGGCUACGCCGCGUCACUUCCUCAUCUUGAACAAUGUGCAGAAGAUCAAAAACAUCAAGAACAUGCUGGUGGGGGCUUCAGUAUUCGGAGUGAAGGAGGUCUUUGUUGUUGGACAAAAGACGUUUGAUCUGCAGGAACAAAAGCCUUUUCUGAGCUCACUGAGCUGCCAGGUCACGCGCAUGGCCACGUUAAAAGUAUGUAAAGCGCAUUGCAAGGAGCGAGGCAUUCGUAUAAUCGGAGUCGAGAUCAUGCAGAACGCUAGGAGUGUUGCUGGCCACCCAUUUUGUGGUGACUCAGCUUUCAUAAUGGGCAACGAGGGCAGUGGCAUGAACUCGGCUCAAGUAGCGAUUUGCGACGACUUCGUAUUCAUUCCGCAGUACGGAGGCGGCACAGCGUCGCUAAACGUAACAGUCGCGGCGUCGAUCGUCUUGCAAAGCUUUGCUCUGUGGGCGAACUUGCCUGUGGCAUCGUGA